AUGACUUUAUCACACACAGUCAAUGCAGGCGAUGUAAACAGUUCUGCGAAAACCGUGAUUGCGAACGGGCAACAAACAAUGUGGCGCCAUUAUUCUCUGACCAUUUUCCUUCUCCUGGUUCUGGGCCUCUGCCUAGGAUCGGGAUUCGUCUUCGCCCAACCCGAAGGACGCGUGGUGGGCGGCACGGCGGCGGCGGCCAACAGUGCUCCCUACAUAGUGUCCAUGCAGUAUGGAGGCACCCACUACUGCGCUGCCAGCAUCCUGAACACCAACUGGCUGGUAACUGCUGCUCACUGCCUGGCCAACAGAAACCAGGUCCUUGGAAGCACCCUGUUGGCGGGCAGCAUUGCGGUGGCCGGAACAGCAAGCACCACCCAAAAACGCUCUAUAACAUACUUUGUGAUCAACGAUCUGUACACCGGCGGAACCGUUCCCUACGAUAUCGGUCUGAUCUACACACCCACCGCUUUCGUUUGGACCGCUGCAGUGGCUCCCGUCAAGCUGCCAUCGGCCGGAGUGAGGCCAACUGGAUCGGCCAACCUCUUCGGUUGGGGCAGCACCAGCAAAACCAACAGCCCCGCCUAUCCCAAGACCCUCCAGGAGGUCAAGAAUAUUCCCAUUAUUAGCCUUGAUUCCUGUGCGAAGGCGUUGGGCAGCAAGGGAGCGGAUGUGCACACCACGAACCUGUGCACGGGUCCUCUCACCGGCGGCACCAGCUUCUGCACCUCGGAUUCGGGAGGUCCUUUGGUCCAGGGCAAUGUCCUAAUCGGCAUCGUGUCCUGGGGAAAGUUGCCAUGCGGUCAGCCCAACUCUCCAUCUGUUUAUGUUCAGGUCUCUUCGUUUAUUUCCUGGAUAGCAGCCAACCAAAAGUUAUAAACUUUCGAUUCUAAAAAGUAAACUGAAUAAAGAUCUUAAAAAUAAGUGCAAAGUCA